AUGGAACCAACACAUCUUCUUCAGGACGAGCUUGCCGCACAAGAAGCCGCGGCCCGCGAGUUCCAACCUCGUUUAGAUGGCCCUCUCGUCGGGGAAAGAACCCCGAGCACAGCUAUUUCAAAUGAGUACGCGAAAGCAGACCCCGUCUAUGUAGAAAAGACACUGGCGCUGCCAAACCUAUAUUCGCAUUAUCGCCCCGUUCAAGGGGAUGGCAACUGUGGUUGGCGAGCGAUUGGGUUUGGCUAUUUUGAGACGUUAAUCCACAAUGGCGACCGCAACCAGGUCGAAGCCGAAGUCGCCAGAAUCACAAGCCUUAACCAGGUGCUCAUAUCAACCGGCUACAGCACUUUUGUCUUCGAAGACAUGGUUGAGGAGACUGUUCGCCUGUUGAAGGACAUUGCCGCUCGUAUGAUGGAUCCUAAUGCUGCCAUGGCAGUGCUGAUGGACCGCUUCAACGAUAGAGAGUGCUCAAACGCCCUCAUAUACCACUUCAGACUGUUGGCGGGCGCAUGCCUCAAGUCGUACCCGGCUAUGUAUGAACCGUUCAUCCCGGCGGACCUUGGUGUCGCUGGCUACUGCAGCGAUGUGCUUGAGAGGAUCGAUCGCGAGAUCGAGCAUCUGGGCAUUAUAUUGCUUGUGAACAUGCUCUUGAAACCCAUCAACUUGAUUCUUGAGAUUGCUUAUCUCGACAGAAGCCCAGGCAGCCAGGUCAACAUCUACCGCUUCCCCGACGGUGCGGAAACACAAGAGCCUGCCGUUGGCUCGGUCAUCUACCUCUUGUACCGGCCCGAUCACUACGAUCUUCUUUACAGGCCGACGGUCAACAUCCAGGUUAACCGAGUAGCGUCGUUUUCCCACCAGCCUAUCGAGUCACACGCGCGUCUUGAUGCGUUUUCAACCGUCGAUUUCGAGCCGCUUAAUAUCAUCCCGGGUUUCUCGUACGCUUCGACAUCAAUGUCUGCUCUCGAGUCACAGGGCCUAUCGCCCACCAUGGGUGGUGGCAACUUUGUGGCGGUUGGUCCGUCGGCGUGGAUGCACCCCUCCACGUUCACGUCAACGCGCCCCUGCGGUGGAACCGACGCCUCUGCCCUCGAGGCCUCGCGCUGCUCCUGGUACUCUAGCCGCGUCUCAUGCACCCGUUCCGAACGCUCAGGUUACAUAUCCAUUGCGCUUCAGCCAGGAGUAUUUCAAGCUAGGGGGUCCAAUUUUACCGAACCCGGGUUCACAACAGCCAUGUUCAAGAACAGUCAUUAUAACAAGGCCCACUACAACAACCCCGACUUUCACCCCGAGGAAUGGGUUCCGGAUGACGACUGUGGGGAACGGAGCGGAAGCAGCGGGGGACAAGGUCCAAGAAAACUCGAAAUAAGCAUGAGUAACGACUACUGA